AUCACAGACUGACAUGGCUUCGGUUGCAUUUAGAAACCCUAAUUCCCGACGUUUGAUUUCACUCUCUCCACAAUUACACUCUUUUUGUCGUCCAUACGCCGUCGUUUCACCUCCAUCCUCAUCAUUCGUUUCCGGAAAUGACAAUCAAUGGUGGAGAUCCAUGGCUACUUUUACACGAACAAAACCUCAUGUUAAUGUUGGAACAAUCGGACACGUUGAUCACGGGAAAACGACGCUCACGGCUGCGAUAACGAAGGUUCUGGCAGAUGAAGGGAAAGCAAAGGCUAUUGCUUUUGAUGAAAUUGACAAGGCUCCUGAAGAGAAAAAAAGAGGAAUCACCAUCGCAACGGCUCACGUUGAGUAUGAAACGGCCCAAAGGCAUUAUGCUCAUGUUGACUGUCCCGGACAUGCUGACUAUGUUAAGAACAUGAUCACUGGAGCUGCUCAAAUGGAUGGGGGAAUUCUGGUUGUUUCUGCCCCUGAUGGGCCUAUGCCACAAACAAAGGAACAUAUCCUGCUUGCCCGACAGGUGGGUGUCCCUUCGCUCGUCUGUUUUCUAAAUAAAGUCGAUGCCGUCGAUGAUCCCGAGUUACUUGAACUGGUGGAACUAGAGCUUCGAGAGCUGCUCAGUUUCUACAAGUUUCCUGGCGAUGAAAUUCCAAUUGUAAGAGGUUCUGCCUUGUCAGCUUUACAAGGAAAUAAUGAUGAAAUUGGAAAGCAAGCCAUUUUAAAGCUGAUGGAAGCUGUAGAUAGCUACAUUCCUACACCUGAGCGCCAAAAGGCGAAGCCAUUCUUAAUGCCAAUUGAAGAUGUCUUCUCAAUUGCGGGACGUGGAACUGUUGCGACUGGCCGUGUUGAACAAGGGAUGAUCAAAGUUGGGGAAGAAGUCGAGAUCUUAGGGCUGGGCCAGACCAAAAAAACAACUGUAACCGGUGUUGAGAUGUUCAAAAAAAGUUUGGAUCAUGGUGAAGCUGGUGAUAAUGUCGGUCUUCUUCUACGUGGUAUAAGUCGUACUGAUAUACAGAGAGGACAGGUUAUUGCAAAGCCUAAUAGCGUGAAAACAUAUACUAAGUUUGAGGCGGAGAUAUAUGUUCUUACGAAGGAUGAAGGUGGGCGUCAUACAGCCUUCUUCUCUAAUUACCGACCUCAGUUUUACUUGAGGACAGCAGACGUUACUGGGAAGGUGGAAUUGCCUGAAAACGUCAAGAUGGUUAUGCCCGGUGAUAAUGUCACUGCAGCGUUCGAACUUAUUACACCAGUUGUUCUUGAGCAAGGACAACGUUUUGCCCUAAGAGAGGGAGGCCGAACGGUCGGAGCAGGAGUCGUUUCGAAAGUGAUAAGCUGAGAUUCAGCACUAGGUUACGCUCUAAUUUUCUGCAACUUACGUUGCAAUUUUUGAUUGGUAGAAGCAAAUUCCAGAAUCCAAUUCUACCUGGACGUUAAAGAAUGGUGGGUUCCUUUUUAUCUAUAUUUUUUAUAAUAAGCAGCACGGGAAAAAGAGAAACGUAAUCACAAAAACAUGUGAGUAAUUAUUCUCACGCUGUGUCUGUGCUUUUCGUUUGAUAGAAUUAUGCUUACAAAUAGGAUUGUUGCAUAUUAGGGAUUACCAAUUUACCACCCUCCGACAACAUCUGAACAUCUAGAAAUGUUAGUAAUCUUUCUUAGAUACUGAGCUUGGCAGGAAUUUCAUUUGAGGCUUUUCUUUCAGACAUGUUUUUUGUUAUUAGUUCCUAGUUAGUACAGUUGAUGAGUUACCACCAUCUUGUAACUGGUUACACAUGCUGUACGUUAGUAACCAUCAUCUUAUCCCACUGCUCUCUUGGCAUCA